AUGCUAUGCGUACAUCCUGAAACAUUAAAUAGGCCGAAGCGAAUUAGUAAAUCUGUCGUACCGUCGAGUUACAACCAUCAACUUCUCGUAAUUUUAUCUGCAGGGAGUCCACUUCAGUUUUUGGUCGACACCGUUGGUAACAACUUUGUUACCGCUUAUGGUGCUGGUCUGAUUGGUGGAGCCUGUGGACAGGAAAUUUCCUUUGUUGUCGUCACAAACAAUGACUCUUCCUUGAGUGUCACCUUAGACGGUCCCAGUAAAUUGGAAUUAAAGAAGGAAGACCUUAAAGACGGGGCAGUCAAAUAUAAAUUCAUGCCCAUGAACCCAGGUGCCUAUGAAAUCAGCAUCAAAGUCAAAGGGAAACAUAUUAAGGGAUCGCCAUUCACAUCUAAAAUAUCAGGAGUUGGACGUAAACGUUCCCAAAUCUCUUUGGGUGAAAGCAGUGAAUAUUCUCUGAAAAUAAUGGAUGCUGACAUGGUUAACCUAACAGGAACUAUCAAGACCCCGCCUGGAAAUAUUGAACCAUGCUUUUUGAAGAAGCUCGCUGACGGCUCUCUGGGUGUUGCUUCUUUCACACCUAAAGUUACUGGAGCUUACAUUAUUAACGUGAUGUCCGGGGAAAAACACAUUCCUAAUAGCCCCUUCAACGUAACCAUUAAAGAAGAGGAAAUUGGACAUCCAGGAAAAGUGAAGGUUAGCGGUGCCUGUGAGAAGGCUGAGGCGAACACUACAAAUAUUCUUACUGUUGAUUGCAAAGAGGCUGGUUAUGGCGGUUUAUCUGUGGCUAUUGAUGGUCCUCACAGGUCUGAAAUCGUCUGCGUUGAGCAUAAAGAUAACGUCUACACAAUCGACUACAGUCCACACGAGCCUGGAAUUUACAUCCUCAACAUCAGAUAUGCUGAUGACCACGUCGCCGGAAGUCCCUUUUUGGUGGAUGUGCAAGGUUCUCCAUCCGGACGUUCCAGGGAAACCGUUGAGAAAGAUCUGCCGGGUGCUGAUAUUAUUAAUAUUAGUGACAACAUUGAAUUUGUGCUUAGAAUUCCAGGCACAAAUCCCUUCGACAUGGAGGCCGCACUGACUGACCCUGCUGGAACCUCUGAGUUGUGUGAAGUAAUGGAUGAGGACGACUACCGUUACAAUGUUCGAUUCUCACCAAAAGUGAAAGGUGUCCAUAAUGUCAGCGUAAAACACAAGGGUUUGCAUAUUGCAGGAAGUCCCUUUAUGUACACUGUUGGAAGCACUGCAAGUGGUGGAUAUCACAAAGUACAAGCUGGUGGUCCUGGUCUCGAGAAGGGAGAAGUCAACGGCGAAAACGUGUUCAACGUUUAUACCAAAGAAGCUGGUGCUGCUAAAUUGUCCAUCUCCGUGGAAGGUCCCUCUAAAGCUGUAAUGAAUUUUGAGGAGCGUACACCUGGAAUUCUUAUCUGCUCUUACAAAGUAACUAAACCAGGUGUUUAUGGCGUCCAUCUUAAAUUUGAUGAACAGCACAUCCCUAACUCUCCAUUUAUGGUUAACAUCUCUCCUGACAGCGUGGAAGCCAAAAUGGUCGAAGUUCAUGGCUUCAAAGAUCGAGGCUUGAUGGUUGAAAAACCUCUCACUUUCACAGUAGAUUUGAAUGGUGCCAAGGGUGACCUUUAUUGUACUCUCAAUACUCCAUCCGGUGGUCACGAGGACUGCUUCAUGCAAGAGAUUGACAGAGGAAUAUGGGCCAUCCGUGUUAUUCCCAGGGAAAAUGGCAUCUACUACGUGGAUAUUAGGCUUAACGAAGCUCAUAUUCCAGACAGUCCAUUUGCCAUGAUGGUUGGAUCCGUUGCUGCUGAUCCAGCUAUGGUACAUGCUUCAGGAGAAGGUCUGGAAUUCGGCAAGACAGGCGUGAAAAACAAAUUCUUCGUUCGUACCGCUGGUUCAGGUUCCGGAAUUUUGGCUUGCACCGUGGAUGGUCCAUCUAAGGUGGCCCUCAGUUGUAAAGAAAACGAUGAUGGAUACGAGUUCUUCUACUCCCCAUUCGCUAUUGGCAAAUAUAUGAUCGUUAUAAAAUAUGGCGGAGUUCCAAUCGCAGGCAGUCCAUUCUUGUCCGAAGUCACAGGCUCUGGCCGGAAGCCUUCCCCUUUCACAGAAACCAGCUGUUUGGUUAUUGAAACUGUGGAGAAAAAGAUAGGACUUACAACCAACAAAAAGCUCCGGGGUGAUGCCAGCAAGGUUCAGGCUAAAGGUAUUGGUUUGAAGAAGGCCUUCUGCAACCGCUUAUCCAAUAUCACUUUAGACGUAAAAGAUGCCGUGUCUAUCUGUCUGUCUGAUUGCUUAUCUAUCUAUCUAUCUAUCUAUCUAUCUAUCUAUCUAUCUAUCUAUCUAUCUAUCUAUCUGACUGCAUAUCUAUCUAUCAAUCUGGCAGCUUUAUCUAUCUAUCUAUCUAUCUAUCUCUGUCUGACAGCUUAUCUAUCUAUCUAUCGAUCUAACAACAUAACUAUCUUUCUAUCAACUGUCUAUCUUUCUAUCUUAUCUAUCUAUCUAUCUAUCUAUCUAUCUAUCUAUCUAUCUAUCUAUCUAUCUGUUUAUCUGUCCUACUGUCCUCAUUUCUGUUGCUUCUCCUCAUACUCUUCUUGUCUCUUCCUCCGUUACUACUUUUUCCUCCUCCUCCUCCUCCUCUUCAUCAUUAUCCUCCUCAUUCUCCUUCUUUUCUUCCACUUAUGUUACGUCUUCUCUUACUCCUCCUACUUGUCUUCUUUUUAUUCCCCUAGUCUUCUUCUGCUUCUUCCCUUUCUCUUUUCCUUUUCUUCUUCCCUUUCUCUUUUUCUUUUCUUCUUCCCUUUUUCUUUUUCCUUUUCUUCUUCCCUUUCUCUUUUUUCUUUUCUUCUUCCCUUUCUCUUUUUCCUUUUCUUCUUUCCUUUCUCUUUUUCCUUUUCUUCUUCUCUUUCUCUUUUUCCUUUUCUUCAUCCCUUUCUCUUUUUCUUUUUCUUCUUUCCUUUCUCUUUUUCCUUUUCUUCUUCCCUUUCUCUUUUUCUUUUUCUUCUUUCCUUUCUCUUUUUCCUUUUCUUCUUUCCUUUCUCUUUUUCCCUUUCUUCUUCCCUUACUUUUUUUCCUUUUCUUCUUUACUUCUGUUUCCAUCUUCUUCUUCAUGUUCUUCUUCUGUGUUUUCUUUUACUCUUCUUCCUCUUCUUUUCCUUUUCCCUUCCUCUUCUUGUUUUCCUCCUCUUCCUAUUCUUUUUCUCCUUCUCCUAUUUUCCUUCUCUUUCUCAACCUUUUUAUUCUUCUGUUUCUAUCCUCCUCCUACUGUUCUCUUCCACCCGCUUUUCUUCUUUUCCACCCCUAUACCUCCUCUUCACAAAGAAUUUCAGAUUUUGA